UAAUUAAUUAAAUAUUAUUUAUUUUUUUAUAACUUCAAUAAAAAAAAAAAAAAAAUUAAAUUAAUAAAACAAUAAUAUAAAAAUAAAUAAUAAAAAGAAUUACAGAUUAUGUAUUGUAUAUGUAUAUUAUAAUUAAUCAAAAAUUUUAAAAAACAAAUAAAAUAAAAUGCACAGAUUACCUUCACUACAAUUAUUUCAAAAUGCACUAAAAUACAAAAAUAGAAUUGCAAUUGUAAAUUAUCCACAUAAUAAUACACAGAGAUUUACAUAUAAUGAUUUAUUAAAUGAAUCAGCUGCAAUUUCAAAUCAAAUCACUUUUAAAAAGGAUGAUUUGGAACAAGACAGAGUUUCAUUUUUAUACCCACAAAGUUUUGAUUAUGUAAGAACUCAAUGGGGUAUUUGGAGAAGUGGAGGUGUAGCUGUACCAUUAUCAAUUUCACAUCCACCACACGAAUUGGAAUAUACAAUUACAAAUUCUAAAUCGUCAAUGGUUUUAACUAAUAAAGAAAAUUAUUCAAUGUUGGCAGAGAUUGGGAGAAAAGUUGGUGUUCAAGUAAUUGAAAUUCCAGAGAUUGGCAAUGGCUCACCCAAUAAAGAAGUUCAACAUAAAAUAAUGCCAUUUGAUAUUAAUAGAAAUGCACAAAUAAUCUAUACUAGUGGUACCACAUCAAGACCCAAAGGGGUUAUAGCUACUCAUAGUAAUAUUGAAGCUCAAGUAAAAGCAUUGGUUGAAGCUUGGGAAUGGAAAAAAGAAGACCAUAUCCUCGAAUUUCUUCCUCUUCAUCACGUUCACGGUUUAAUUAAUAUUCUUACCUGCUCGUUGUGGAGUGGAGCUAUGUGCGAAAUGAUGCCAAAAUUUGAUAGCAAACAAGUCAUUGACAGAUUAUUGGAGAGCGGUGUCACUACCGACUUGGAGCAACCAAUUUCACUAUUCAUGGCGGUACCAACAAUUUAUUCAAAAUUAAUAAAAUAUGUCGAAGAGAAUGUAAAAACUGAAAAGGAAAGACAGGACAUUGAAAAAGCUUUUCAACGUUUAAGAUUAAUGGUCAGCGGCUCAUCCGCAUUACCUGAAACUGUUAAAAACGACUUUAUGGAAAUUAGUGGUCAUAACCUUUUGGAAAGAUAUGGCAUGACAGAGAUUGGUAUGUGUUUAUCAAACCCAUUGCAUGGUGACAGAGUAAGUGGUAGUGUUGGUUUCCCAUUACCAGGUGUUCAAGUUAAAAUCAAUGCAGAAGCUAGUUCAACUCAAAAUGGUAAACCAGUCUUUAAAGACAACACUAAAGAAGUAGGAGAACUUCUUGUUAAAGGGCCUCAAGUUUUCAAAGAGUAUUUCGAAAAAAAAGAAGCUACUCAAGAGGCCUUUGAAGAUGGUUGGUUUAAGACUGGUGAUAUUGUUGAAAAAGAUAACUCUACUGGUAGAUUCAAAAUUUUAGGUAGAUCAAGUGUUGAUAUUAUCAAAAACUCUGGUUAUAAAAUCUCUGCAUUGGAAAUUGAAAGGGAAAUCCUAGAUCACCCAGAUAUUGAGGAAUGUGCAGUUCUUGGUAUUCCAAAUGAAGAAUAUGGACAGGUUAUUGGAGCAAUUUUGGUAUAUAAAAAAGGAGCCGAGCCAAUGAGCUAUGACGAUUUCAAAAUGUGGUGCCAACAAAGGUUAGCAUAUUAUAAAGUACCAAAAGUGAUUCAAGUUAAAGAAGAAAUUCCAAAGAAUGCAAUGUUAAAGGUUAAUAAGAAAGAUUUAGUUAAAUUAUUUACUCAAAAUUAAUAAUUUAAUUGAUCACCACCAAUUUACAAUAUUAUAAACAAAAAAAUAUUUAUUAUUAUUUUUUUUUUUAUUUUUUUUAUUUUUUUUAUUUAAUCUAUAGAAAAUAAUAAAACCAAAAUAUGAUAAAAUUAUGAUAAAUAUUUUAUUAUAAAAUC